AUGGACAAUGAUUGGUACACCGCUGGGUUCGUGCCGUAUCUGAUUGCCCUCGAUGGAAACGUGGAUGUUCUAGCCCUCGCGUCAGACACCGCGAACUCCUGGCAACCUCAGGUAGCGCUACACGCCGUUGCAACCCUGGAGGCUGGAAAUUUGAGCUGUAUCCCCGUUUACCCUGGUGCUACUUGGCCGUUGAUCAAUACGCCUCAGCGCUUUCAGGCAUGGGAGACUAUUCACGGCAAGCUUCCAUGGGAAGGAGCAAUUGUGAUGUCGGCCUUCAAGGAGGGUUUCCCCAAGGGCACACCAAAUAACUCGACCUCCGCUGCAAACUUCAUGGUUGAGAUGGUGCACAAGUACCCCGGCCAGGUGUCCAUUUACUCCGCUGGCGCUCUGACCAAUGUAGCACUAGCUGCUCGCAUGGAUCCUGAAUUUGCAUCGCUGGCGAAGAAUCUGGUGAUCAUGGGCGGUUAUGUUGAUCUUAACAUGCUCGAAGCGACUGGAAGCAUCAUGCAGGCUGAUUACCAGUCCGACAUCAACCUGAUGAUCGACCCUGAAGCGUCCAAGAUUGCUCUGACAGCCGAUUUCCCCGAGAUCAUCAUCGCUGGCAACGUCGCGAAUCAGGUUUUUCCUACCCAGGAGUUCGUCGACGAGAUCAAGACAGCCGGCAACCCCUACAGUGAGCUCUUCACUAAUUACUACGAUCUAUCCUUCCCCUUCUGGGAUGAGACUGCUGCAGCUCUGAUGGUCGAUCCUUCCCUCGCUGUCAACCAAACCACAGUAUAUCUGGACGUCGACACCUCCUAUGGUAGUCCCAAUUAUGGCAACAUUCAUGUCUAUCAGAAGGCUCUUGCGCCCGCUGGUAUUCGAAAUGUGACUUAUGUGUUUGAGGUCGACGCUGACAAGCUGAAGCAACGGAUUAAGCAUUCGCUCAUGCAUCCCAAGUCCUGCGCCGACUUUGCAACACCGAUUUUCGAAGAAGAAGCUUUCUUGUCACCUGGGACAUUUUCAAGCGCAGACGAAUACGCAGCUAACCCACGAUUUCUGGAACUCCAAGAAGAAUUACGUUGCGUCCUCUUCUCCGCAGUCGCAAGUCUUGAACCAAGCUCGUACACAUCGCCCACCCCAACAGACCCACUAGACGGCUCCGGGCCACGGGCAGCACGCCAAAGUCUAGAUUUCACCCGAGUAUCCAUUCCGAAGAUCCGAUUAAUUCAUUAUCUCAAGAAUUGGAUCAUCGAAUGCGCGCCUUACCUGGAUAAAUUUGACGAAGCACGGCAUUUUGGGGUGCAUAUUCCAAUCCUAGCGCAACGGUCUCCGACAUUAUUUUACGCUAUUCUUGCUUUCUCGGCCCGACAAACGGAGCGCAAAGCAUGUCUCGAUAAAGCCUACGACAGCUUGGAACUCUAUCAAGAAUCCAUCCGCCUCUUAGGACCAUGUCUCCAAGCCAAAGACCCCAAUGUCCUUGUGACCGUCUGUAUCCUUGCAGUGAUGGAGCUCAUGUCCGUUAGCCCUCGCGACUGGCGCCGACACGUCAAAGGCUGCGCAGCAUUAUUCGACUCAUUUAACGUCAACGGCCUAUCAGGAGGCCAUUUACAAGCUGUGUUCUGGUGCUACGCGCGCAUGGAGCUGUGUGGAGCGAUAAUUUCGAACGGCGCCGAAAGCACAGUCCUCGCACUCGAGAAAUGGGUUCCAGCGAUGCCUGAAACAUCAACACCAAAGGAAAGAGAAGAUAUGAUCCGUGAUCUGUUUUGCGCACAGGGCCGCAUCAGUCCAGACAUGCACGCAAAUUGGGCGGUCUACCUCUGUGCCAAGACCUGUGACCUCGCCUGUCGACAAACUCGACAUAUAGAACUAGGUGAGAUAGUUUCCGACUCACGCCCAUUCAUUGAUCAAUGGACGUCUCUUUGGGAGGAACUGCAAUACUGGCUCGAGACCCGACCUCCGGCCAUGCUACCAAUCAAGACCACUGGGAUGGGGGUGGACAGAUAUUCCCUGAGAUUUUAUUCGCGCAUUGGGCUGCUAUCUCGGGGAAUCAAUUAUAUCACGCAUCAUGUAUCAUGA